CUAAAUAUAGUCAUGUGUGAUCUUGUUUGAUUUGUCUUAACAUAUAGAUUAUUAAUAUAUAAUUUCUAUAAUUUUUUAAUAUACAAAUUACAAGAUAAAAUGGAUUAAAGAAGUGUAUUGGAUGAGUCGAGAGUGAUCGCGUGGAGCUUCGAUUUCCUCCGCUAUCCUCCGUCGUUCUUAUCUAACCCGUGGCGGGGAAAAAAACCUUCAAAAGCCGCUGGAGUCGCCAUUGCCGGAAACUCGAACAAACUCCUCACAUUUCUCUUCUUACAGCUAGCUCCGCCGAGUCCCAUCCAUAGUCCGCCGUCUUCCAACGUAUCUGGACGCCUUUGUCCUAAUUUUCCAGUCAACCGUACGCCGCUUGUAGUGUCCCGCCGCCAGACGCUCGAUUUCUCCACAGGUUCUCAGCGUCUCCAUGCUCCAUAUAGCUCUUUAGGUUUGGCUCUAUUAUGAUUGUAGAUAUGUUGGCAUCGAGUGAUGCCUUAUGGAAAUCUGGACCAGAUUUCUCCAUCUUAGGGAAUUUUCAUUCUAAACAAGGUAGAUCUUAUAGAAGAGAUGCGUGGAGUGGAUAUUCUAGGAGGCCUUUCAGUGGUUUGCUUAGGUCCUGGGUGAUUGGGAGAUUUGUUCCCGUGCAUCUCUUCAUUCCACGCCCAGCUAUAGUUGGACACAAGAGCGUGAAGUGUUUCAGUUUUGUUGAGGAGCCGUGGCUAUUGCAGCUGCCUUUGGUUUCUAAUCAAUUUUUAGAAUCAGAUGGUGGUGAUGGUAUCGAUACACAGCUUUCCACCGCUGAUGCAGGAGAAUCUGGAAUCGAAUAUCGGGUUGAAGUUGCUACAACAGACAAGAAGAGUGAAAUUCCGGUAGCCUCUUUUGAAUCAGGUUUUCCUGUUGAGGAGCCCUGGCUGGCUGAAUCAACGAUCGAUUAUUCUUUUUCUAAUGUCAACAUGACCCUUGAUGUGUCUGCUUGUGAAGAACAUACUAGAAGUGCGGAAAAUCGCCAGACAACAGUUCCAGUAGCCUCCGUUGAAUCACGUUAUCCUGUUGAGGAGCCCUGGCUGGCUGAAUCAAUGAUCGAUUAUUCCAUUUCUAACCUCAAAAUGGCCUCUGAUGUGUCUACUUGUGAAGAACAUUCUAGAAGUGCAGACACAACAGGAAAAGAGAUUGAGUGUCGGGUUGAAGGUACUACAACAUAUAAGAACACUGGCAGUCCAGUAGUCUCCUUUGAAUCAGGAUAUCCUGUUGAGGAGCCCUGUCUGGCAGAACCAAUGAUUGAUUAUUCCAUUUCUAAUGUCAAAAUGACCACCGGCGUGUCUACUUGUGAUGAACAUUUUAGAAGUGAGAAAGCUUACCACGGAAAAGGAAAAGAGCAUUUUCAAGAAUAUGAGAAGCAAUCACCUCUUGAGAAUACUGUAAUUACCGGGGAUAACUCAGUUAACACAGUUAUAUUGAUAAACUCCUCUGUUUGCACAAUGCAAAGGAUUGCUGUUUUAGAAAAUGGGAGAUUAGUAGAAUUGUUGUUGGAGCCUGUAAAAAACAAUGUGCAAUGUGAUAGUGUGUAUCUAGGCGUAAUUACCUGCUUAACCCCCCAGAUGGGUGGUGCAUUUGUAAAUAUUGGCAACCACCAAUCUGCAUUUAUGAACAUAAAUAUUCAUAAGGAGCCAUUCAUAUUUCCUCCAUUUUCUGAUGAUAGGGGCCGAGAAACCAUUGCCUAUGAGCCUGUCAAGUUUGGAGAAAAUUCAGAUCUUGAAACUGAAGCUACUUUAGAUGAAGUUAUAGAGGAUGAUGACAUAGAUGAUGACCCUGCCGAAUAUUUACAAGAUAAUUGUGAUCAGCAUGAAAAUCAUGAUACUGAUAAAAAUGUAGACUUUAGAGGAAAUGGUACGGAAAGUGAUGGUCAUGGUAUUCAGAGACACCAUCUUAAGAAAAAUCACAAUCAUGAUAUUAGUAAAAGAAUGUGGGCGCAGGUUCAGAAAGGUACAAAAAUAAUUGUACAAGUUACUAAAGAAGGACUAGGUAGAAAGGGCCCCUCAGUCACUCCAUAUCCACGAUUACGAAGCAGGUUUUGGGUUUUACGUGCUAGCAGCAACGCAAUAGGGAUUUCAAAGAAAAUAUGUGGUCCUGAGCGCACUCGUCUGAGGGGAAUAGCAGAGACCUUACAGCCUCCAGGUUUUGGCAUUACUCUAAGAACUGUUGCUGUGGGUCAUUCAUCAGAUGAUUUAAAGAAGGAUCUGGAAGGUUUGGUCUCAACUUGGAAAAGCAUAAGGGAGCAUGCAAAGUCUUCUGCUCUUGCUGCCGAUGAAGGAUUAGAUGGAGCAGUUCCGGUUAUGCUUCACCAGGCCAUGAGUCAAACACUAUCUAUUGUCCAGGAUUAUUUUAAUGGCAAGGUUAAGAGCAUGGUGGUUGAUUCUCGAAAGAUAUAUCAUGAGGUUAAAAAUUAUCUUCAAGAAAUAGCUCCUAAUCUUUGUCACAGAGUUGAAUUAUACAUCAACGAAGCUCCACUCUUUGAUAAAUAUGAGAUUGAGGGAGAAAUAGAUAACAUUCUUAUUAACAGGGUUCCUCUUUCUAAUGGAGGUUAUCUGGUGAUAGAACAAACAGAGGCGUUAUUCUCUAUCGAUGUUAAUGGUGGUCAGUGUAUGAUUGGGAAUGGGACAUCCCAAGAGCAAGCAAUUCUUGAAGUCAACCUUGCAGCAGCGAGACAAAUUGCUAGGGAAUUGAGGCUGAGAGAUAUUGGUGGUCUUAUUGUUGUGGACUUCAUAGAUAUGGUGGAUUAUUCAAAUAAAAGGUUGGUCUACGAAGAAAUGAAGAAGGCUGUUGAAAGGGAUAGAUCAACUGUCAAUGUGUCUGAGUUAUCCACGCAUGGACUUAUGGAAAUUACAAGGAAAAGAGUUCGACCAAGUGUGCCAUUUAUGAUCAGUGAACCCUGCACUUGUUGUUAUGGCACUGGGAGGGUGGUAGCUUUGCAGACUGCAUUUUCCAAAAUUGAGCGCGGAAUUUCUCGUUUUCUGUCAAGGAUGAAUGAGAAAGCAAACCCCGAAGAUCCCGUUUCGUGGCCCAGAUUUAUUCUCAUGGUUGAUCAGUACAUGUAUAACUAUUUGACUCAAGGAAGGAAGACAAAGUUAGAUAUAUUGAGUAGCUCUCUCAAAGUUUGGGUUGUACCGAAGGUAUGUGUGAUAAACUUUACAAUUUUGGACUUUUUAAGCUCAGUAAUUUUAUGGAUAUCUGGUGGCUGUUAUUGCUCUGAAUGCAUGAUCUAACUGUGUACACGUAAGUGACGUAACUCUCAAUGCAUCCCAUCUCAUGUAUCUCCUAUUCAUGCAUGCACGAGUGCAGACAGAAGCGGCUCCAUGUUUCAAACAUAGGAGUCACGUACAUCCGACCCCCUUUAUCCCAUAAUGGGCGAGAACAUUUGAGACACGGGUAAUGUUGUUGUACCCGAGUAAAGUUGCAUACAUCUUGACCCAGACCUAGGAGCAUACUGCGUUUGUCUAUUCCUAUUCAGGUAUUUAGAUAACACCAGACUUGACCAGAAACUUUCAGGCCAGAUCAGAUGUUAUAU